CAAACAAAAGACUAAGGACAGUGGGCACAUCAGGCAUUGGAUCAUGUCUAUAUUUCAGACCUUCAAAUUAAAAAGGAGAAAAGAAGCGACAGCUGAGACAGCAUUGAUGCAAAAUGUUGAAAAGAAUGGUGCAAUGUUACUCAAAGAGGUGAUUGCUUCUUCUUAUGGAAAAUGUUGUCCUAUCCGGUGCUUCUCUGUGGAAGAACUGAAAAAAGCAAAAAACAUCUGUGACCGAGGCCAUGCUUUUAAAAAAGAUGGCUUUCAUGCACUCUACAAGGGCUCUCUUCAGGGUAGACCACUUUGCAUUAAGGAAUAUUCACCAGAUGCGAAUAUUAGUUCAGUUAUUAAUGAGAUUGUGAUUGGAUCCUGGAUGAGCAUUAAUAAGAAUGUUUUGAAGCUCUUAGGAUGCUGCUUGGAGACCGAAAUCCCUAUUCUAGUGUUCGAGCUUGCAGAGAUUAAGGGAACUUUGAGCCGUCGUCUUUUUGGGUCCUACGGAGCAGAGUGGCAACCUCUACCAUGGAGAUGCAGGUUAAGGGUCGCAGUGGACGUAGCAACUGCAGUUGCAUACCUACACACUGCCCUUCCCACACCCAUCAUCCACAGGGACAUUAAGCCUGAGAACAUUAUUCUGGAUCAAAGUAAUUUUGCCAAAUUGUCUGAUUUCUCUCUUUGCAUAUCCAUUCCUGAAGGUGAAACACAAGUAGAAGUUGAUCCUUACGGAACGAUGGGAUUCAUUGCACCAGAGAACUUUACUACCCGUUGUUUGACCGAGAAAGCUGAUGUUUAUUCUUUUGGUAUGCUUCUGCUGGUGCUUUUGACUAGACAAAGGUACUUCUGGCGCCAAAUUGAGAGGGAUAUAGAUGAUCUUGAUGAAGUAUCCAACCCCGCAAAGUAUUUUGUUGAGAACAACAGGUUGAGUGAGAUUGUGGAUCCUGUAGUAUUGAAAGAGGCAGCUGGAAGGUCUGGGAUGGAGCAGAUGUUGCAGGAUUUUGCAACAGUUGCCCUGAGGUGCAUCAAUUUAACAGUAGAAGAUAGGCCAACAAUGAUUGAUGCAGCAAAACAACUCAUGCAGAUUGAACAGUCUACUCUCGCCCAGUAAAUUGCUUCACUUGGCUCCAUCCAAGUUAUUUCACUUGGACGAUGUUCCAGGAUUUUUGACAUUUGGAUUUAUUUUACUUUAUUUACUUACCUUUUACUUCAAUUCCGAAAAUAUAGUAUUCGUAAUCUUAAGUGGGUUUGGACUGCUUUCUUGUGA